ACACUCGGCGGUACAGCCUGCGGUGCAGGGGAGGCGCUAGGACCGAGCGCUCUGUCCUGUCAGGGUGCAACAGUGCAGUCACUAAGAAGGACUUGUUUGCAUCUGUUGCUCAGCUCAGGGAGGAUCCGAGCAGCAGUGACAGGCGGUGUGCGGGCAAGUGGCGAACACACAAACCAAAUCCCCGGCUGUCAGCGUGUUUCUAUUAGCACAAGCAUCUUUUUAGUAAACAUAAGCAAAGCUCAGCGCCUCAGAGCAUCAUUAAAAAGCUGAGAGUUAACUAAAUCCCUGUGACUGAGGAUGAGAUGUACUUGGGGAGAUGCCCUUGGCUGAGACGUUGCUGGUUGUUUGCAGAUUGCACUAUGUGGAGGAGACGCUGUGGAUGCGGGUUGCAGCUUACUCCGCUCUACCUGCUCCUCUUGCUGCUGCUGCUGCUGAGCGCCCAGCAACCCAGGCGGACAGAGCCGGGCACCGGCGGCCACACACCGGGGGAAAGCCGGCAGGACAGGCAGUCCCCACCUCAACAUUCAGCCCUGGAACUCAUCCCCUUCGACUCCUUCAGCGAGGAUCAGUUCAUCGUGGCGACAGACCGAGCCGCCCGCUCCCGCCCCAGGAGGAGGGUUUACCGGCUGCUCAGAGCAGCUCGAAGGACCGAGGACCCAGGGGACGGCGGCAGGCCGGUUCUGCUGAACCCAGAGCCGGCUGGGAGGCAGCUGGAGCGCCUGGGAGUGGAGAAGCGCGGCUUCAAUGAGAUUGUCAGCGAGAGGAUCUCCCUACACCGGAGACUACCUGAGGAUACUUUCUUAAAUGUCGUAGUCAUGGAGCUGCAAAAUGUAGAACUAAGGACAAAUGGAACUAAGUCAAAUACACCAGAAUUGUCUCAGUUUUCAAGAUGCCUGCAGCAGGAGUACAGUCAGAAGCUGCCAACUGCCAGCAUCAUCAUUUGUUUCCACAAUGAAGCCUGGUCCACUCUUCUAAGGACAGUGAACAGUGUUAUGGAUACAGCCCCGAAGAAAUUUCUCAAGGAGAUCAUUUUAGUGGACGACCUAAGUAACCAAGGACAUCUGAAGGCAGCCUUGAGUGAGUAUAUUUCCAAGCUGGAUGGUGUGAAGUUGAUUCGAAGCAAUAAGAGAUUGGGGGUGAUCGGAGGUCGCACACUUGGUGCAGCACGGGCAACAGGGGAUGUCUUGAUUUUCAUGGACUCACAUUGCGAGUGCCACAAUGGCUGGCUUGAACCACUAUUGGAUCGAAUAGCCAAUGACAGAACUCGUGUUGUUUCUCCCAUAAUUGAUGUCAUUGACUGGAAGACAUUUCAAUAUUAUCACUCAGUUGAUCCACAGCGAGGAGUUUUCAACUGGAAACUGGACUUUCAUUGGGAACCAAUACCAGAAUAUGAGCAGAAAUGGCGAAAGUCUCCCACCAGCCCGAUACAGAGUCCAGCUGUAUCUGGAGGAGUGCUUGGGAUCAAUCGACACUAUUUCCAAAAUAUCGGUGCAUAUGAUCCUGCAAUGCUGAUGUGGGGUACAGAAAAUGUGGAACUGUCUCUUAGGGUCUGGCUCUGUGGUGGCUCAGUGGAGGUUCUGCCCUGCUCUAGAGUUGGUCAUGUCUACAGGAAACCUCCCCUAUAUUCCCUGCCAGAUGAAGAGACUGUGGUGAGAAACAAAGUCCGUGUUGCAGAGGUUUGGCUGGAUUCCUUCAAAGAGAUUUUCUACAAGCGAGACAGGACUGCAUAUUUGCUCAGCAAGACUGAGGUGCCUGACUGUAUGGAGCGACUGCAGCUGCGGAAGAGACUAAGCUGUAAGAAUUUUCAUUGGUUUUUGACUAACAUCUACCCAGAGCUCUACGUGCCUGAGGACAAAUCUGGAUACGCAGGGGCAGCAAGACAAAGGUUUUUGCUCCAUAACAUUGGCACAGGCUAUUGUGCAGGUUACGAGACCAAAUGGAGCACAGGUGGAUAUCCUGUUGCACUUGCUCCAUGCAGUGGCAAUGGGAAUCAGCAUUUUGAAUAUAAUAGUGUAAGAGAAAUCCGAUUUGGUGCCAUUGUUCAAUUUUGCAUUGAUGUCAGAAACGAACAGGUCAUAUUGCAGAAUUGUCACAGAGGGAAGAAGAUGGAAUCAGAACAGCAAUGGGAUGUGCAGAAGAGUGGAGAAAUUAUCCAUGUCUUGACUGGCAAGUGCAUUGAGGCAAUAAAGAAUGGAACAAGUAAAGACUUAUUUCUGAGACCGUGCAACAAAUACACCAGCCAGCAGUUGUGGCGAUUUGAGGAAGUGAUAGCCAUGAACAAAAGAUGAACUGUUGACUCCAAUACCUACUGUGUGACAGCUGCAGCUCAUAUGCCCCUGUCUGGUCAGGUGUGGUUGAUCAUAUAGGGAUGUACAGAAAUCAGACUGCUGACAACAAUGUGUGCCUUGUACUUCUGUUGUACUGAAGGAAAUUCUCAUUAUAGAAUGGAAACAAACUGCAUAUAUUUUCAAGGCCACCUUUGAACAAGUCAGGGAAAGAGUAACAAUGUGGGCUACAUAUGUGGCACAACUGAAUACUCUAAACUCCAGUUGUAACAAAGAUUACUGUGGAAGAAGCUAAACUGGCAAUAUCCAAUGACCAACCUACUGUGUGCUUGCAAGAUUUUAAGUUUUUGUAUCAAUUACCAUUUUUGUUCGGCAAUGCAUUGUGUACUUUAAUACUGGAUCAAAAAAUAAAUCUAUACUACAUUCUU